CAAACCAAGAAUCCAUCAGCACAUCAAAAAACAAAGGCAGUUCAUAACCAUGAGAACCCUAUUAAUGUACAUAUCUGUUUUAUUUUCCAUUGAUGAUUUGUGAAAGCAGUGUCCUUUCAACAUCUCCGUGGAUGACAAUAACAGGGCAAAGAUGAAAAAGGUUAGAUAUUCCCAUAUGUACACAAAUUCACAAUCAGACAAUGUUAAAACUGGGAGUGUGCAAAAGACAGUCCACUUUUUCCUUGCUUUUUUUUUUUUCAGAUGGCAGAAAUCCCCAUUGCAGCAGAAACAAAAUUUAUCAUAUGGGCUCUCUUCUCUUCCCUCUCUCUGUGAAAUAGCAAGAGAGAGAAGUUUAGGGUGAAAGUGCUUUUUGAGUGUCCCAAAGAAAUGUAACAGCAGGCACUAAAGCUGAAAGCUUGAUGCUUUUACCUUGUUGUUUUGUAGUCAGGGAAGAGAGGGGGGACCAUUAAUCCCCCCUUUGUCAUUUUCAGCAAUUUCACUUGGUUAAUAGCUACCCUUGCUUAAAGAUGUUUGCAGAGGUCUGUUUACAAUAGCUUUUAUAGCUUUCUGCUUGCUGACAUAGAGGGGUAGGGUACCCUAGACUUCAGAAAAAAAGAAACACAAGACAGCAUAAGAGAGAAUCUUUGCUUUCCUUGUUGAAUGAACUAUUAUCAAAGGUAUGUUUGUCCCAACACUUAUAAACUGCUCUAUUGCUCACCUAAUGCUGCCUGCAACUUCUUGUAUUUAUCAUAUCAGGGCUUAAAACUUUGUUUCAAGGGGGGAUUAAUAAUGUCACUUCACAGUGUACUCAUCCUCUUUUACCACCCUGACCUCUCUCUCUCUCACUGUACCCUUUUUCUUUCCAAAUUUCUGCUUGCAAUCUAUCUGUGCUGAAGAAUGCUUUUCAUUUCUGAGACGAAAAUGAAAGAUUUCUGUCAUCGUUUUGUACUUGAAUUUACAUCACGAGGUUUGCUCUUCUUCACUCAGUGUGAAAGUGAUUCUUGAUUGUUGAUCUCAUCAUAAAAUCUUCUUCUAGACUUCAACUCAGUUAUUCAAGACUGUUGCUGCACAACUUCAAAUUUACCAUUUAUCUGUCACUGGAAGAUCAUUUCUUCCAUUUUUUCCAUAACCCCUUUUCUUUUCCCCAAGAUCAAGAAACUGUUGUAUUCAGGAAAGUUUUCUGAUCAAGAUUCAAUCUCUUAAAGCCAAGUGAGAGCAAAAAAAACAAAGUGUUAAUCAAGUAGUCAGUAUGGUUUCAGAAGAUUCACCCUCAAACUCAAAUUCAAGUAUUCUGCACCAAUUCAUCAUCUCAACCUCCAUUGCUAAUCAAAACCAUUUUGGGAACCAGCAUUUUGAUGCUUAUGGAGCAACAGAUUCCGUCUCCAAUAGCCCUUAUCCCCAUUCUCUGCCUUUAAGCAUUCAGUUUCUUGGAGACAGAAUUUCUAGAUCUGUGGACCUUGUUCAUCAUGCCCCUCAUCUAUCAGACGAUUCUGAUAUAGGCCACGAUAGGCGUCUGAUGGAUCUUCUUGGAAGAUCAACUGAGGCAGCUCAACCAGCUCAGAGGCUUUCACUGUCUUUAGGCUCUGUCCCAUGCAGGCAAAGGCCCUUAAACUCAAGCCUGCUCAAUCCCAGCUACCUAAGUUCAGGAGAUGCAGCAAGAGAAUCCUGUAAUCUGGGAAUUGACCGUGUGAUCAACGACUACUCGUUCACCGGAACUGCUUUUGCUUCACUGAAUCAAUCUUGCUCGACUUCGUAUGGAACUGAAUCGUUUGCUGCUGCAAUUGGAAGCUCAAAGUACUUAAAACCAGCUCAGUCCAUUCUUGAAGAAAUGGUGAGUGUUGGAGGGAAGGACACUGAUAUAAGCAACCAGAGAUACGUCGAGAAGCUAUCCCGUGGCAGUAGAAAAGGGUCUCACGGGCUUUCCUCCGAGCUCAAAGCAGAGCUUUCCAAUGGUGAAUUGCUGCCUGAAAAGCAUGGAAAUUAUACCAACCUUAUAAAGCUUCUCGCCUUGCUGGAGGAGGUGGAAAGAAGAUAUGAGGAGUAUUAUCAUCACAUGGAGGAACUGGUCUCAUCAUUCGAGGUGAUAGCAGGUUUAGGAGCUGGGAAAUCUUACACUGCCCUUGCACUCCAGGCCAUGUCCAAACACUUUUGCAGCUUAAGAAAUGCAAUAGUAUCUCAAAUUCGUGCAACGAAACAAAAGAUCGAAAAAGAAAUGCCUAAAAUCAGCUCAAGAUUGUCUCAACUAAGUCUGUUUGAUCAAGAGGCUAGGCAGAAUAGAAUUUCCCUUCAACAGCUUGGACUAAUGCACAAUUCGCGGCAAGCGUGGAGGCCUAUCAGAGGGCUGCCAGAGACUUCUGUCACAAUUCUUCGUGCUUGGCUCUUCGAACACUUUCUGCAUCCUUAUCCCAAUGACUCCGAAAAGCUCAUGCUAGCAUCACAAACAGGCUUAUCAAAGAACCAAGUCUCGAAUUGGUUUAUAAACGCAAGAGUGCGACUAUGGAAGCCGAUGAUAGAGGAAAUGUACAAAGAGGAAUUUGCAGACUCUUCGACUGAAUCAGAUCAGCUGUUGACAAGGGAAGGAGUAGGGGACUCGGCUGAAGAGUUAAAUUGAAAAGGAUGGUUCAAAAGUGCAAGACCUCAAAAUGGAUGAACAGUAGUUCAAUAUGAAUUGGCUGUUUUCACUUGGAGAUAUCACUGUUCUUGUUCUUGUGAUCUCUAACAGCCAAUUCAGGCACAGUUGCUCAAUAUUCUGUCCACUCUUUUACGAUCGAGUUCACGUAAAAACGGAAUCAUAUGAUGCGUUCUUCUAA